AUGAGUGUCAAUAACAUUGACAUCGACAUGCAACAUCCUGAGUUUCAGCCAGAAGACGUACAAACAUCUCAUGACACAGAUUUAUUUGGUGACGAUGAAGAUGACGAUAAGGGUGCUGGUGACUUCGUGGAUGCUCUCAGUCAGCCUCCCACCAGUGUGCCGCGACUCAACAAGAGGGCCAGAGAUGAAGUGAUAUCUGGGAAGCAUCACUUUCGUGAAUUUGACUAUUUGCAGAUACUUCGCCAGACUGUGUAUGAACAACAAGAACAUAUUAACAAUAUUAUACAGGAAACUGAAGCGAUACACCGAGAAGCUCAAGACCACAUUGAGGAGCAACAAUGUAUUGCAGAAGAAGAGCGUGAGUGCCACAUGCACGAUUUCAAUGAGCAAUGGGAAGCAGCUCUGAGAGAGCGAGAGCGGGAAAAGCAAGAAAUUCACACAUGGCAAGAGCAGCAGCAAGCACUGCUGAGGAAGAACAUUGCUGAAGAACUAGCACGGUGUGGGGAACGUCCCCACUUGCAUUCCGCUACCAUCCCGCUACCCAUCUGCAUCUUCCCCGAGCCAUCCGCUACACGGAACCAAGCAGAACCAAGCAGAACCAAGCGGAACCCAGCGGAACAAUCGCGUACCACAUGCAUCAUAUCCUUUUAG